GCGCCUUCAAAGUUGGCUCCUUGGGUGUGGACUCCAGAACUAGAUUUCCUUUGUCUCUCGCUCUCGACAGUACAGUCAUCAGUUCCAGUUUUGUUCACUGUUCAGUCCGUUGUGUCAUAUUGGUCAGUUUGUCCACGUUGGCGAUUUUUUCAGUGAAUCUCUCGGUUGCACUUUGUAGUUGUCUGUAAUGUCAGUACUCAUUUCAGUAGAUUUCAUUUCGCUCCUGCCGUCGUAAGAAUAUAUAUUUUUUAAAAUUCCUUUUAGUUCGCGUCGUCGAUUUUUCGAGUUGAAUUCUUUUGGUUGGGUGGCCGGUUGUUUUAAUUUCAGUCCUGUGAUCGUGUAGGAUUCCCCAAAAUGGAUGAUGCUCUUCUCAAUGAACGUAACGAAUUAUUGAAGGCGCUUGCAGAAAGAGACGAAGCUAUCCAGAAAGCCGAUAAACAAAUAAGUGAACUUAAGGCAGCAAUCAAGGCUACAAAGAAACGUAUUCGUCAACAACAACAUCGACGUAGAAAGAUUCGAAAACUGAAAAAACAGUGCAAAGAAUUGACCGAAAAAAUCAGAAAGACCAAUGAUGAAUUACGAGAAUUAAAAGAUCGACUUAGGCCAAGAAGAAGUUUUCGUUCUAGUGCUAACCAGAAACAGCGAUGGACUGAUCAAUUCCGGAAGAUCUCAUAGAUUAUUGCUUUUUCGAUGUGUAAUUAGUUCACAGGAUCAAUUUGCAUCAAGAAGAAGUUCAUUCUUGUGGUAACCAGAAACAGCGACGGACUGAUCGAUUCCGGAAGAUCUCAGAUUAUUACUUUUUCGAUGUGAAAUAAGUAUGUUAACAUUUAAUUUUUUUCGUUCGAGGUUCUCCCCCCAUCGUCUCACCCCUUAAUUUGAUUUAGAUUUUUUUUCUAUCGAAAUGUGGAGGAGAUCCUUAUCGUCAUUUUUGCUAUUCGUAUAUUAUGUAUAAACAAUGCAUGUACAUACAUUAUUUAAUAAGCUUGGAGUAUUCAUGUAAUCAAUUAUAAAGAA